UGUGCAGCACUUGUACCUUGAAGUCAUUUAUAGUUCAGAUAAUCAUUCAAGGAAGAUUGAUGUGAUAUUGCUGACGAUCGGCAAACACAUAGAUAAGCUCUAGGGCGAUCGAACAGGGUGGCUAUUUGUCCGAUUUUAAGGUGGCUCUGAUAUUGCUUCACAAACAUGGCCGACCAAGAGAAGAGGAGCGUUUAUAUCGCUAAUGGAAUUAUAUCGGGCUUGGUGCUCGCAUGUGGGACUGUUUUCAGCGCCUUGAUGGGCGUAUACUUCGACAGUUUCUUCAAGGGCGCGGCAAGUUUUACAGGAUUUGCAUAUCUUCCAGUAUGGGUUUUAGGUUUCGCUUACAUCGUGCCAGGACUCAUAGGACUCAUGGCAACUUGCUGUCGGGCAAAAGGAGGCUACAUUGCCCAGAUGGUAUUCUGCAUCCUGACUCUCCUGGCCAUGGGGAUCUUCGUCGUCGUGGCAUUACUGGCAUUGACGGGAAUCGGUUAUGCCAACAAAUCUUGCGACGAUGCCCUCGACGAUCUAUGCACUGGCACUGCAAGGAGGUUCUUCGCCGUCCUGUACAGCAUUAUUGAUCAGCAUGAUACUUGGUUGGCUCCUCACACUGGUCAUCACAAUACUGGGCGGUGUGCUGGCCUGUCGACCACAACCCAUCCCCGGAAUGGUAUAGGUGCCAAUGAACACAGUAUCCGUGGUCGGCGGCAAUCAGAUGAUGAACGCUGGAUGGACACCCAAUAUGGCAAUACCACAAACAAACCAAGGAUUUCAAGUCGAAAAAUAUUAGCUCUGCUUCUCUGUGUCUAACGUCUUAUAUAAUUUUAUCUAUAUCUGCAAACGGCGUGUAACAGUUCACGAAAUGACUGGCGGUUGUAACAUCGUCCAUAGAAGCACCCAUAAAGGACGUCUGAUACGAUGGAACGGAAUGAUCAAAUCAUUCAGCCUGACCACCCAAUUCACAUGGUCGCCUUUAGUGACCAGCAUGAAGAUAUAUGACCAGAAAAUGCUAAUUGGGAUUAUGGGACAGAAUAGGUCAUAAAUAUCAGUGUUUGUCACGCGAGGCGAACAAAAAAGGUGUUGUUUUGUUGGUUGGAUUGCUUGCUUACCUGCUUGCUUGCCUGCAUGCUUGUUUAACGCCGCACUCAGUAAUAGUCCAGAUAUAUGACGGCGGUCUGUAAAUAAUCGAAUUUGGACCAGAUAAACCAGUGAUCAACAGCAUGAGCAUCGAUCUAUGCAACUGGGAUGACGUGUCAAGCAAGUCAGUGAGUCUGACCACCCGACCCCGUUCCAAAUGGGCUAGAUGUUUGUUAGGAUCUCCAGCCUUACCUCUAAACCUAACUGAACAAAUCAACAUCGCUUUUCAUUUCGUCAACUUCUGUUUUGUGUGUCAAAGCUUUGGUUUUAUUGUCCAGGUGUUAUUUCAUAAACUGGUAAGAUAACAAAUCGUUAUGAUACAUAAGUGUCUUAACACCUUCCUCAUAUUUCAUUGGCUGAGAUCAUGGAUCCUGACCUGGCCCUGACUAUGAUCAUACAUUUCUUUACAAAACCAUUAAUCACAUAAAACGAGAACAAAUGUUUUGGUUUUUUUUUACGAUUGCAGCUUUUAGUUUGUAAAUAAAUGUCAGUGUUUUACA